UUAUCGCCUUCCUCAUCGUGGGGUUGGCAGAAAGCUGACCUCCUACGAGGGCUGGGCACCAAAGGGAGUCCUUAUGUGGGAGGCACAGCUGAGUGGUUGUCAAAGGCCAUUUAAGGGCCUGCCGUCACUCCCUUGAGGUCACGGGCAUGCCCCAGAAUAGGCUGAGUCCCGUGGGGUGGACAGGGGCUCAAGACGAGCUCGGGAUUCCUGCCGUCCCGGACACCAGCUUGGGUUUCGGUUCCGGUGGGUUCUGGGUCUGAGAACAGCAGCUGGCUCGUACUCCGCGGAGGGCGGGCCGGUCACCAUAGCGACGCCAAUCCUGGGCGGCGCCCGCUCGCGCGGGAGCCCAGGAGUCCUGGGUCCCCGACUCUUCGAGGCGGAAGCGCGCCGGGAGAGUCAUGCUUCGUGGGACCCUCUGGCUGUUGCUGCUGAUGCCACUGCGCCCCCCGGGCACGCAGGGCCACCGUGGUGCCAAAAGCCAGGGGCAGGCGGCCGAAGAGCCGGCCCCAUGGCCGGGUGUCCAACGCCUGCAGGAGCAGCUGAGGACAGUCGGGGCCCUGUCCAGACGGUACUGGACGCUCUUCAGCUGCUCCGUGUGGCCCGAUCACUGCGAGGACCAGGAAGCCCCCGCGCCACCGCUGGGCUGGAGCCUUCCUCUGUGGGGCCGGCGGUCCCUGGAUAGGCUCGCCGAGUGGUUCUGCCGCUUUCAAGACUGCUGCGCCCGUGGCGGGGACUGCAGGAUCUCCAACAACUUGACAGGCUUAGAAUCGGACCUGCAUGUCCGGCUGCAUGGCCAGCAUCUGGCUAGCAAGCUGGUCCUACAAGCAGUGAGGGGCUACUUGGAGACCCCCCAAGUAGACAAGGCCCUGGCUCUGUCGUUCCAUGGCUGGUCAGGCACAGGCAAGAACUUCGUGGCCAGGAUGCUGGCGGAGAACCUGUACCGGGAUGGACUGAGGAGUGACUGUGUCAGGAUGCUCAUCUCCACCUUCCACUUCCCACACCCCAAGUAUGUGGACGCCUACAAGGAGGGGCUGCGGCGGCAGAUGCAGGAGACGCGGCGGCGCUGCCAGCAGAGCAUGUUCAUCUUUGACGAAGCGGAGAAGCUGCACCCGGAGCUGCUGGAGCUGCUUGGACCGCACCUGGAAGCCAGGGUCCCCGAGGCCCAGGGCGCGGAACCGCCACGAGCCGUCUUCCUCUUCCUCAGUAACCUUGGGGGCAGUGUCAUCAAUGAGGUGGUCCUGGGUUUGCUUAAGGCUGGAUGGUCCAGGGAGGAAAUUACGUUGCAGCACUUGGAGACUCCCCUUCAAGCUGAGAUCAUGAAGUCUGCAGACAGCAGCUUUGGCUCCAGCCGUCUUGUGAAGGAAAACCUUAUUGACCUCUUCGUCCCCUUCCUGCCAUUGGAGUACCGCCAUGUGCGGCUGUGUGUCCGAGACGCCUUCCUGAGUCAGGACCUCCCGUACACAGAAGAGGCCCUGGAUGAAAUCGCCAAGAUGAUGACGUAUGUCCCUGAGGAGGAGCGGCUUUUCUCUUCCCAGGGCUGCAAAUCCAUUUCCCAGAGAAUCAACCUCUUCCUGCCUUGAGAGUGACUCAUUGUGCUUCCUGGAGCUGUCUUCCUCACCAGAGAGAGCCUGAAUGUGCCAGGCACCCUGGUGUCCAGUACCACUGCUUUAGCUAGUGCGGAAGGCAGACCUUAACAGAGGCAGCUAGUCCUUAAAAUCACUUGGUGCCUUAAGACUUGCAUUCUAGACAUUCUAUAAUUUAGACCCGGAAGUCAGAAAGCCAUCAGGAAGUCCCAAGUACCAAAGGGUCCCUGGAACUCUCCCUACAGUCUCUUGGCAUCAUAGCUCUUCCCAGAAGGCAGCUGGACUUGGAGCAGGAGUCUGAGGCUGCAGGAUUCUUAGACUACAGAACAUGGAAGGAUGGAAGAUCUGUGUGGCUCAACAGGAGUGUGCUCCAUCCAAGUCUGUAGGCAUGGGCUGGCUUUCUAGAGGAAGGGGGUUCAGCUUGUGUGUGUGAGCAGAUCAGCAAAGGGCCUUAGGCUAAAGGGAAAACCACAUGCUUUCAAACCAUGCCAGAGACGGGUGUGGCACAUACUUGUGACCCCAGCGUUGAGUAGGCUAAUACAGGAGAGAGGUCAAGAGACCCGAGCUGCCUCCUGGGUUUGAGGCCAGCCAGGCUUAACAAACAAAAACCACAGGUGUGUUCUAUAGACUGAAAACUUGUUUUCCUUUAAAUUAGGGGCCUUGCUAUGUAAUGUUGUAUGUAUAGAUUAAAUUUUGUAUUUUUCUAACGUC